ACAAUAUUUACCAUGCUUUGUUUAAAGCGAAAUUUUAAUCGAAUUAUUCGUCUUUCAAGGCAUAAUUUACCACAACAACAGCUUCAACAUUGGCGUUGGGUAAGCAGUAUACCAGAGACAAAGAUCGUUAGAGGAAGAGAAUCGCAAUUCAUAUCACAAUUUGUGCCACAUUAUGGACAAAAAGAUAAAUUCAUUCUUAAUCAAAAUAUUUUCAAACUUGAGGAUGAUUAUAAGGAAAAGACAGCAGAUCAGAUAAGUGAUGUGUUUGAGGAACUAAGUUAUGAUUGUGAACAGACUGAAAGUAGCUUGACAGAAGGAAAAUAUGAUAAAAUAAUUGAUGCAGUCAUACAAAAACUUCCAGAAAUGAACGACGAUCAAGUUGUAAAAGUUCUUGUGGAUCUGUAUCGUUUUCCACAGCUCGACUACAAGUCAUCAAAGUAUCACGAGCUCUGGAAUGCAAUUGAUAGUGAAUGUUGGGAAAGAUCCAGACAUUGGAGAUAUCAACAGCUAUUAAAAGUCAUGAAUGCUUGGUACAGAAUUGGAAUUACCAAAAAUAGUAAAUUUAAUCAUAAAGCAUUAAUGAAACUCAGCCGAAGACUUGAUGAAUUGCCACCUCGAGUGCUUAUUGAGAUGAUGUUCUAUCAGUCAAUAAUUAGACAUAAGGAUGUGCCGAUGUAUUAUGUCGAAAGUCGUCUAGAGAAAAUUUUAGAUGAUCUUACGAUUGAUGAGCUUGGAAUUGUGUGCUUAGCAUUCUUUAAGACAGAAUCGAAGUUGAUUAACGGUGCAUUGAUGAACAGGAUUUAUAGAAGGGUGAUCGAUGAGAUUGACGAUCUAAAGGACAUAACAUUUGCAAAUAUCCUCAAAACUCUUCGUUACUCAUCAAAACCAUCUCAUUGUAUCUACAUGAAUGAAUUGUUCGAGAAGCUCCUUCCAAUCAUCGACAGAUUCGGUACCCUUACAUGUUUACACAUUGCACUAUUAGGAACAAAUCUUCAAAACUGCAAUAAAGAUUUAAUCGAAAAAAUUGUCCACAAAUAUAAUCAGGAAGUCACAACAGUAAGACUAAAGGAUCUUGACAGAAUAUCGUUAGUUAUUGCUCUUUUUGAUAUACAAACUGAAAGUGGCAUUGAAAUGGAAUUUCUAAGAAACGUUCUAGAGGAAUUGAAGAAGCGAGUUGAUGAAAUUGUCAGACAUCCAAGAUGCUUCACAUCGACUGUGCAUUAUUUAGCUAUGAAAGGCAUUUAUAAUAUAGAAUUGAUUCAGGCAGCACUGAAAGAAAGCUUCGUUACUUUUGCUUAUGGAAAGAACUACUUUGCAUAUAGUCGUGAAAUACUCUGCAUUGAUGGAUUCACAAAAAUAAACCUCAAAGACAUCUACAAAGGUCCACAAUUGUCAGACAAAAUUAGAAAAGGAAUCGCAACAUUUUCAUCACAUUAUAUUCCAUACAGAGGACAGCCAUACAAAUUGACACAUGGUGAUAAAUUGUUGCUGGAUGUUCAAGAAUUAUCAGAAAUUAAAUAUGGCAAGAACAUUUUGACACAAGCGAUUCCACAUUUUGAACGACCCGAUAUCCUUUAUUGCUUUGAUGAGAAUCGAAAAUCUGUGACCGAAGAUCUUUUAGAUAUCUUCCCGCCAAGAGAUGAACAUCCAGGAGUUGUAUUUUCCAAAGAGCAUUUAUUGUCACAAAAGCCACAAUUUGCAGACAACAUGGAUCGAUAUAAAAUGAUUGCAAUUGUCAUCGGUGGUUGGAAUUUCUACUUAAGAGAAACUAGACAGCCAACUGGUGUUUUAAGAUUGAAAUUAGAUCAAUUAAGACUCAUUGGAUAUACUCCAAUAUUAAUUUAUUGGCAUAAUUGGGCUAAUAAGCCACUGUCAUAUAGGGAAGAACUUUUAGAUGAGAAAAUUAAUGAAGCAUUUAGUCAGGAUAAGUAGGAAUAGAACUUAAAAGUAGGAACAAAUAAAACAGAGUCUAUUAUUAAUUCAA